UUUUUGUGUUUGUUGCAGGGGAUGUUUUAAUAGUGACACACUCACACUGAUGAAGUGAGAUAAUGAAGUUCCCGCUUGAACUUGAUAUCGAGAUAAAAAGAGACAGCGUUCUGGAUGGUGCUUUGGCUGUGGUGAAUGCUGUGAGGCCAAACUGGGAUCCAGCCCGGAUUCAGCAUAAGGAAUUCACAGCCGGGAUCACCAACAGGCUUUUCGCAUUCUCAUUGGAGAAGAAUGGUGAUACAGUUCUUGUGCGGAUUUAUGGCGACAAGACUGAUGGAUUCAUAGACAGGAAGAAAGAAAAGGAAAACAUGCGAGUCUUUCCCCUUGUGUGUGACCAAAUGGCAAAAAUCCAUUCGAUACCAGUGACAGAUGCUCUGCCGUCCAUUUGGAGAAGCUUGGACAAGAUGUGCAAAAUAUUCCCCUCUAGUCUAACUCCCUGUGACCAAAAUGACCGGUUUUUGGCAGAAUUCCCUGGCAUGUCCGAACUUUUGGUUCGGAUUGAUUUUCUGAAGCGAGAAUUGGAAUCGGCCCCACAAUCUGUUGCCCUGUGUCACAACGAUGCUUUGUUGGAGAACAUCGUGUUGAGCUGCGACCGGAAAUCAGUGACGUUUAUUGACUACGAAUACGCAGGAACUAAUGUUACGGCCUAUGACAUUGCCAAUCACUUCAACGAAUGGGCAGGUGUUGAGGAGGUGGACUAUUCAUUGUACCCAUCAAGAGAAGAACAAACGGAGUGGAUUCGCAGGUACCUCAUGAGUACCAAGAAGUACCAAGGUGUCAAGUGUCUCACUGUCUCAGACGCUGAAGUCGACGACAUGAUAUCAUGGGUCAACAAGUUUUCUGCGGCUUCACAUCUAUUCUGGGCUGUGUGGGCAAUUAUCCAGGCUUCCAGUAGUGAUAUUGAUUUCGACUUCCUCGGGUAUGCCAUCACGCGCUACAACGAAUACAAGAAGCAGCUUGAGAAGAACUUCAGAAACGUGAUGUAUAUAGUGAAACGUCUGUUCGCGAAAUUGGCAGCUGAUAGUAAGCAGAAACGUGUUCAAGUAUUUGAGUUACCCAAGGAGUUGUUGACCAAGGCCAAGAAGCUGACCAAAAAAGACUAUGUAGUGAAUGCUGAUGGAUUUGUGGAAUGCCACACAGAUGGGGCUUGUUCCUUGAACGGCAAACUGGGAGCUUCUGGAGGCAUAGGGGUGUGGUUUGGUCCUCUUCAUCCCUUGAAUGUGUCAAUACCACUUACAAAAGGGCGACAGACAAGUAAUAGGGCUGAAAUUAUGGCUGUGGUCCAUGCUGUGGAAAUUGUGAAAGCAUCAGGUUGUGACAAACUGGAAGUAAAGAUUGAUUCUCAUUUCACCAUUAAUUGCGUGGAGAAAUGGAUACAAAAGUGGAAGUUGAAUGGUUGGAAGACAACCAGUGGGGAAAAUGUGAAAAACAGAGAGGAGCUGGAGCUGUUGGACUCUGUUUCUACCAUCCCUGUCAGAUAUGUAUAUGUUCCUGGACACAAGGGAAACGUUGGAAAUAUGGAGGCUGAUAAGUUUGCCAAGAGUGGAGCCAAAUAUCCUGUGCAAGAAGUUAAAGUUUGAAAGUGCAGCAAAUCAUUUUUUUUUAAUGGAGAAUUAGAGAAGCUUCCACUGGAAUGACAACAUUUAAGGAAAUUCCUGGGAGACAAUUCUGGAGCUAUUUUGUAUAGGAAGUGCUUGCGGAACUGUAUCGAUUAUUGUCGGUGGAUAUGUUCAGCGUUUAUUCGAAUGUUUAAUUUAUUCCAGGAAUUCCCCUGGAAGAAGUGGUGGAAGACUGUUGGCGUUAUUUUGGAGGAACACAGGGGAAUUUUGAAGAGCGAAGAUUAAGUCCACUCUGAGUGAUCGCUUGGAAUUCUGCAGGACGUCAUUGAUUAAUUGAUUUAUGAGCUCAUGCGACGAGAAGCCAUGGAAAAGCUGCAUUUCCUCGGAGACUGGAGAAUUAACCUGGUCUGUCAGUCAAUUCUGGCAUCUACCUUUCGUGGGAUUUAUGACUUCCACGUCGAGCAGGAUCAGUGCCUCAAUUUCACGUCUGCACUCGACAGUGAGAACGAUUGUGUUCGUGUGGUAUUUCUGUUCCUCAAUGUCACAAUUUCUACGUGUGUUAGUCAUGGGAAUAAAUUGAAACGAAAAAUUUUUAAA